AUGACAGAUGUACUAUGUGAGGUACUUAUCAUGAUAAUGUUGGAACAUCCUAAUAUCAAUCUCAUCGAGGUGAUUGAUGACCCAGAGUCGGACGACUUCUACAUGGUACUCGCAUAUGUGGAAGACAAAUGGGUUUGUGAGGGUUCAGGUUGUCAAUGUGCCGUAGGUGAAGAGACCGCUAGGAAAUACAUGUGUGAUAUAGUCUCGGGAUUAACAUAUCUUCAUGCUCAUGUAUUAUCCCUCAGCCAAUCAUUUUUGCGUGUUAAUGUUAUCCAUCACAUCAUUUAUUUGUUGGUGGUUACACUCAUUCAUUUGAACAUAUUUUGA